UGUCACCACCGCCUCCUCCACCGCCACCACCACCCCCACCACCAUCACCAUCACCGCCACCACCACCACCUCCUCCUCCACCGCUGCCGUCAUGGAGCUGUCCCCCCUCCUGUCGCUCUCCCUCCUUGCUCUGCUCCUCCUCCCUCUCCAGUCACACGCCGCUUCAUGCUCGUACCAAAGCUACGACCUCUCGCCCUUUGACAACUCCGGUGUGGGAUACGAGGUCUCAACCACAGACUACGUGUAUACCAUCGCAGUGUGUAGCCCGCUGACGUCGUCGGUGUGUGGAGCAGACACGACAGUGUGCCAGACAUGGGGCUCGUCCAACUCCAAGCAGCUCGCCAAGGACCAGAUCACGUACUCGGAGAUGACCCCGUCGGGGACCGGCGUGGAGAUGACCAUGGACGGCGGUGCGUUCUCGAGCACGUGCCAGACGAACAACAAGGGUCUCAUACAGUUCAAGUGCGACCAGUCGCAGACCGGGACCGACUACAAGUUUACCUUUGUGUCGACCGUCGAGUGCGUGAGCACGUUCUCGAUCUCGCACUGCCAAGCGUGCUCGGGCGGAUGCACAAACCCGGGGCCAACACCAAGCCCUCCAGGAGCGCCGCCGAGCCCGCCAAGCCCGCCCGGCGCGCCGCCGCCGCCAGGCCACAGCCCGUCGCCGACGCCUGCGCCAGGCCCGCCAGCCAAGAUGAACACCCUCGUCAAGCGCUCGCUCAUUGUGGGCUCGUGCCUGGCAGCAGUCGGCAUCCUCGGCUGUGUUCUCGCUGUCCGGCUCAAGCUCAAGAUGGCGGAGCACGUCAAGGCGCGAACGGUGGCCGGCAACUACCGGGCGCUGUCGUCGUCGUCGGCGUCGUCGGUCGGCAACGGUGGAAAGGACAGCGAGGAGGGGGCACUCUUUGAUGCGCCAGCGCCGCGAUACGGCGCGACCGACAACUUUGCCGGGCCGUUUACUCAGUCAUCGUCGGACGAGGGCGGCCUGCUGUUUGACGACGACAAGGCCGCCGCCGCGCCGCCGCCGCCGCCGGACGAGAUCCUCCCUGUUGCGGCGGCUGCCGGCGUGGCUGAGCCGAUGGUUGCCUGUCCUGGGUGCGCCACCCUCAACAUGGAGGAUGCCAAGUACUGCAAGGCCUGCGGCGGAAGCAUGGAGAGCGGCAAGAAGCGCAAGUACUUGCCGAUGGACACCUCGCUCAUGUCCAAGUUUGACCGCUACGGCCGCGCCCUGCCCCGCGGCUGGCGCAUGGGCGAAGACGCCCGCGGCAAGGCCUUCUACUACAACAAGAUCACCCACGAGCGGACCUCGCGCCGGCCACGCCACGACGACCGCAAGUCACGCGUCCGCUCGCGCUCGCGGGCCACGCAGUCUGCUCGCCUUUGAGCGAGCCCGCUCCGCCGCCGGGGCGGAGGCCUCACGCCACCGGCCGCGCCAUGAGCAGCGAAAAGGUAAACGCCGCGCCGCCCAGCA